ACUGGAGAGUGAUGAAAAGCGAACACAAUCAUUCAACCAAUUGGGCCCCUUAAUAUAUAUACGAGAGCACCAAAACUAUUCCCUAUUCAAAUAUUUCUCUUUCUCUUCAAUUCUUUGAGAAAUUCAUUCAUCCAUCCAUGAUCGGUGAAAAGAAAGCUGCAAAUGCAAUGGGAGGCAAGACGGCCCGAGCUUGCGACAGCUGUUUACGCCGGCGGGCUCGCUGGUUUUGCGCCGCCGACGACGCUUUUCUUUGCCAGGCGUGCGAUGCCUCGGUGCACUCCGCUAACCAGCUAGCGAGCAGGCACGAAAGGGUUCGGCUCCAAACUUCAUUAUCUCUGAGGCUCUCUACGACGGCAGAUGAAGAUUCUCCGCCGGCGUGGCACCGGGGUUUCACGCGCAAGGCGCGAACCCCGCGCAAUAAUCACAAACCUAAAGAGGAAUUAGAGAGAGGGGUGUUCAACCCCCUGCCUUUUGUUCCGGAGAUUGGCAGUGAAGAAGGGGGGUCGCCGGAUGCCGGCGGCAACGAUGACGACGAGCAGCUGCUUUAUCGGGUUCCGGUGUUCGACCCUUUUGCUGCCGAGCUUUGCAAUGAGAUGGGGAACGCGAUUGUCGAUGAGAGAACCACCGUGGGUGAUGACAUGGAUGAUUUACACGGGCUUCUUCCGUCGGAUAUGGAGCUUGCUGAGUUUGCUGCUGACGUGGAGAGCCUACUUGGCAAAGGGGUUGAGGAUUAUUGUUGCGACGUUGGAGAGGGAAGAUCGGUGAAGGUUGAAGAGGAAGAAGAGUUGGAAGACAUUGUAGCAUGUCAGUUCAAUCCGCCGGUCGAUAUGAUGAGAGAAACAUUAGAUUGGAAUAUUUUCGAUUACGAUGAGUCCGCGGCGGCCGAAGAGAAGGUGGAGCAGAAGGUUGCUCCCAUGGCGGUGGCCGAGAACAAGAUGAUGAAGGGGGAGAUGAUUUUGAGGCUAAAUUAUGAGGCAGUUAUAGCAGCUUGGGCCAGCCAUGAGUCUCCAUGGACAGCAGGAACACGACCGGAGAUCAAUCCCAACGGUUGCUCGCCAGACUUUCUGGGUUUGUUUGGUAGAGAAGGGAAUGAGGCAUAUGGAGGAGUUGGAAGGAGUGAUGACGUGGGAAGGGAAGCAAGGGUGUCAAGGUACAGAGAAAAGAGAAGGACGAGGUUGUUUUCGAAGAAGAUAAGAUACGAAGUAAGGAAACUGAACGCGGAGAAGAGGCCUAGGAUGAAAGGGAGAUUUGUUAAGAGGACUCCGUUCAUGGGGGCAACUGUCUCUCCUAAUUACCUCAACAAAUGAUUAAGCCCUUCUCUCUCUCUCUCUCUCUAACAGGGAUUAUAUUGCAUUAAUCUAUGUAUGAGCCUUUGAGGGUGCAUAUAUGUUGUUCUUCUAACCAAAAUAUUGCUUAUCUGGCCUGCAAACCACUAAUAAAAUUCAUGCAG